GGAGCCCUUUUCCUUUCUUGCUUUCUCUUCUCUUCUCUUUGCCUUCCUCUGGAAGAGAAGGUCGUCGUCCCUCAAGUGCUUCUUCUUCUUCUUCCUUUUAUCUCCUCCAUUUUUUUUCUGGAUCUGAUUCGGAUCUAUCGCUCUCUCUUUCUUCCACAUCGAUCCAACAACAGAUCUCCAUCAUUUUCUCACUUUUUUUCCUUCUUCCACCUGUAACUUGAUAAGACUUUGAGUUCAGAUUUUUCUCUCAUUACUAAACCCUAAAAUCCCUUGUGUAGAUUAAGAUUGCCUUUUGAUCUCAACCCUGGAACUCCUUUUGUUGACUCCAAGUCUGCGGGUGACUCUCUUCCUGUUACAUCUGCAGAAUCUCAGUGCAGAUUCAUAAAGCUACAUCGUUUCUAGUUGUUUGAUCCUGCAUCCCUUUGACGGAUGUGGAGGAAAAAGAGGGUUUCCCUGAUGACAUGAGGAAUGCUAUCAACUUUGAUGAAACUUUUGAGUGCUUGUCUGUGGCCUUCUUCCUCGGGCAAGUCCUCUGAUUCAACAGGAAAACAAGAUGGACUGCUCUGGUACAAAGACUCUGGUCAGCACCUACUUGGUGAAUUCUCAAUGGCAGUUGUUCAGGCCAACAAUCUGCUUGAGGAUCAGAGCCAGGUUGAGUCUGGCCCUUUGAGUACACUUGACUCUGGUCCUUUUGGAACCUUUAUCGGAAUCUAUGACGGACAUGGCGGUCCUGAGACCUCCCGCUUUGUCAAUGAUCACCUCUUUCAGCAUCUAAAGAGAUUCGCAGCAGAGCAUGCUUCUAUGUCGGUGGAUGUAAUUAGAAAGGCAUAUGAAGCGACGGAAGAAGGGUUCCUAGGGGUUGUGACAAAGCAGUGGCCGGUUAAGCCACAGAUUGCAGCGGUUGGGUCUUGCUGCCUGGUGGGUGUUAUAUGCGGAGGCAGGCUCUACAUCGCUAACGUUGGGGAUUCACGUGCAGUUCUUGGAAGGGCUAUGAAUGCUACAGGCGAGGUUAUUGCGCUUCAGCUCUCAGCGGAACAUAACGUGAGCAUAGAGUCUGUUAGACAGGAAAUGCGCUCCUUGCACCCGGAUGAUUCUCAUAUCGUCGUGUUAAAGCACAAUGUGUGGCGUGUUAAGGGUCUUAUUCAGAUAUCUAGAUCCAUCGGCGACAUCUAUCUUAAGAAGGCAGAGUUCAACAAGGAACCAUUAUACACGAAGUACAGACUCCGCGAGCCGAUCAAGAGACCGAUUUUGAGUGGGGAACCGUCAAUAACAGAGCAUGAGAUCCAACCACAAGAUCAGUUUCUGAUAUUUGCUUCUGAUGGACUAUGGGAGCAGAUGAGCAACCAAGAAGCCGUUGACAUCGUUCAGAACCACCCACGAAACGGGAUUGCACGGAGACUUGUGAAGAUGGCACUGCAAGCGGCGGCAAAGAAAAGAGAGAUGAGAUACUCUGAUCUGAAGAAGAUAGAGAGAGGCGUGAGGAGGCAUUUCCACGAUGACAUCACUGUGGUCGUCAUCUUCCUUGAUACCAAUGUAGUGAGCUCUGCCAAAGGACCCUCUCUUUCUAUCAGAGGCGGCGGUAUGACUUUCCCCAAGAAACUCUAAAGCUACUGCUACACUUUUUAGGUUCCAUCUUUUGUAGUUAUAUGAAAUCACUCUUGUUUGGUAUAAGAAUGUAAAAUUGUAACGUGAAAGCCAUACACUACUGACGUUUGGAACUCAUUCCAGUAAUUAUUAAUUGUUAUUUUAUUCAGCAAAACUUUGUGUAAUGAUGUAAUUUGUUGUUGAUGAUGAAUGAAUGUAGGCCUUUCUUCUGUCGUA